UUUCCUCAGCACCACUCGUCUCACUCAACAAACCACGUCUCUCCGGGCGCUCCUCCAGUGUGUGUGAUUGAUAGAUAUAGUGCGUGCGUGCCCCAUGCUCGUCCAGCUCCGGCUGCUCGGUUGAUGAGGCCGGCGAUGGCCAGCAACGGCGGCAUGGCGUCCCCCUUCUUCCCCGCCAACUUCCUCCUCCAGAUGCAGCAGCCUCUGCCGCACCACCACCACCAGCAUCUCCAGGAGCUACAGCUCCACCACCACGACCACGACCACGGCCACGGCCACCACCUCCUGCCGCCGCCGCCGCCGCCGCUGAGCCCUUUCCUGCCGGAGCUGGGUGGCGGCGGCGGCAUGGACCCCGCGGCGCCGCCGGGGGCGGCAAUGUAUGAGGCGAGCGGGGACGCGGCGUCGGAGGACGAGGAGGAUGGGUGUGGGGGAGGCGGAGGCGGCGGCGGCGGCGGGGAGAAGAAGCGGCGGCUGAGCGUGGAGCAGGUGCGGACGCUGGAGCGGAGCUUCGAGUCCGGCAACAAGCUGGAGCCGGAGAGGAAGGCGCAGCUGGCGCGGGCGCUGGGGCUGCAGCCGCGCCAGGUCGCCAUCUGGUUCCAGAACCGCCGCGCCAGGUGGAAGACGAAGCAGCUCGAGAAGGACUUCGACGCCCUCCGCCGCCAGCUCGACGCCGCCCGCUCCGAGAACGACGCCCUCCUCGCCCUCAACUCCAAGCUCCACGCCGAGAUCGUGGCGCUGAAGGGCGGAGCGGCGGCCGGAGGAGGAGGAGGAGGGAGCAGCUGCAGGCAGGAGGCGGCGUCGGAGCUGAUCAACCUCAACGUCAAGGAGACGGAGGCGUCGUGCAGCAACCGCAGCGAGAACAGCUCCGAGAUCAACCUCGACAUCUCCAGGCCGGCGGCGGCGCCGCCGCCGCCGCCGCCGGCGGCGCCCAGCGAGAGCCCCGUCAACCACCACCGCGGCGGCGGCGGCAUCCCAUUCUACGCCUCCGUCGGUCGCGGCGGCGGCGUCGACAUCGACCAGCUCCUCCUCCGCGGCGGCCACUCGCCGUCCCCAGCGGCCGUGCCGCCGCCCAAGAUGGAGCUCGGGACAGGCAACAGCGGCGGCGACAGCACCGCCGCCGCCGCCGCCACCUUCGGCGGCCUACUCUGCGGCGCCGUCGACGAGCAGCCGCCGUUCUGGCCAUGGGCCGACGGCCACCACCACUUCCACUGAUCGCGCCCACCACGCCGCCGCCGCCGCGCUCACCAUGAUCGAUCGAUCGAUCAGUGUGACCAUGUGUCCAUUUCUUGGCAAAAUUGAGGAAGGAGGAGGAGAUCGCUUACUACACCACCACGAUGAGUGAUCUUGAACAAAAUUAAGCACAUCAAUUGAUUACUUGUGUUGGAUGAGGUAAUUAAUUAAUUAAGAACAUUAUGUGAAUGUGAGAUGAUCCAACAUAACUUGAGUUAAGAAAGCCAUGGGUGAUAUUGGGAAUGUUGGAUCAAUGUUGAUUAUUUUUGGAGUCCAACUAGUAAGUUUUUUUUCUUGUUCUUUUGAUUUCUUUUUUUAAAUCAUUUUUACCUCCAUUACUUUUUUUGUCAUGUUUCAUAUAAUAGGUGAUUAAAUUUGUGAGGCAGUGUGGUUAAUUACAUUUCUGUAUAGGAGAUCAUGGCAGUAUCAAGUUUGGUAUACUUAUAAGUUAAUUUUGUCCCCCUUCAUAUUCUAAGAUGUGUGGAUGAUCUUCCUCAUUACUGCAAUUGAAAUGGAUCAUCAAUCAAU